UGUGUGUGUGUGUGUGUGUGUGUUGGGUCUCCUCCUGCAUAUAUAAUACUAGAGUUGUGGUCUCUUGAUACCUUCAUUGGAGACUUGGAGCUACACAACCAUGUCUAUUGUGGAGGUGAGAGUUCCAAACCUUGAUUGUGAAGGAUGUGCUUCCAAGUUGAAGAAAGCUCUCUCCAAACUGAAAGGCGUGGAAGAGGUGGAAGUAGAAAUGGAGAUCCAGAAAAUAAUAGUGAGGGGAUAUGCAUUGGAGGAAAAGAAAGUGGUGAAGGCAAUUAAGAAAGCUGGGAAAGCAGCAGAGCCAUGGCCUUUCCCUGGAUACUCUCACUUUGCCUCAUUUUACAAGUACCCCACCUACAUUGUCAACCAUUACUAUGACACUUACAAGAACCAAACCACCACCGGCGUCCACACCUUCUUCCACACUCCGUCGGUUUAUUCCGUCGCCGUCGCAUCCGACGAGGCCAUUGCUUCGCUUUUUAGCGACGACAAUCCGCAUGCUUGUGCUAUCAUGUGAUUAAUUCUUUUUUUUUUAUUUGUUAAUUUUGUACUUGUUUUUUGAGCUCCUUUCGCUUGCUUUUUUUUGUCUCACGGUUUAAAUUUGAGUUGUUCAUUUCUUUUUAUGGAGUUUAAGAUUUAGGAUUCGUUUGAUUUUCA